AUGGAUAUUAUGGACCUCCAACAAGCGAUACUACGGAAUAAUCAACAAGUAUUAUAUCGAAAGAAAAGUGGACGUCCAAAAGCUGCGGCAUGGGUGUAUUUUACGAAGGGCUCAGCUGCUGAUAAAUAUGGACAUUAUAGUACAACUUGCGUAUAUUGUGGACAGAGUUGGUUAAGAGGCAAACCAAAAGUAAUGGAAAGCCAUCUUGCAUUUACGUUUAAUGCGACAUACUCUCAUGUGUAUCAAUUGGCCAUUGAAAUAAAAAAGGAAAUAGAAAUUGCCAAACUUGGAUCAAAUGUUGAAAUUUUUCAAAUUCCAAAAAUCUUUCAGGAGCAAGUCCCAGACCAAGUGUACGCAUACAAAAUGCCAGAUAUUCCAUUUAUUGAUACCAAAAAAUUAGCAGAAGUUGAUGGAAUUCUUUUUGGGAUCUCUACAAUAUCUGGGCAAUUUCCGACCCAAUUUAAAGCUUUUCUUGAUUCAUCGAGCCAGCAUUUGGAAAAAGGUUUAUUAAAUAAUAAAUUUGGUGGAAUUUUUUUUUCAACAGAUACACAAAUCGAUAGUCAAGAAACGGUAGCCUUUACAGCAAUUAGCUGGUUAUCGCAUCAAGGUAUAAACUUUGUGCCACUUGGUAAUGGAUCACCAUAUUUUGGUGAAAAUGAAGAAAUGAUUGGAGGACCUUGGGGAGUAAAUACUAUUACUGGUAAUGAUGUAAUUUCCGAGAAGGAAAAGGAGAUAGCACAAUUUCAAGGAAAGAAAUUUGCUGAAAUUGUUACAGCCUAUGUUAAAGGAAGACAAGAAAUGGCCGUGACAACAAGAACCGUUACAGAGAAUCCAACUAAAACUAUAAAUGAGAAAAUAGGAAAGCCAUUUAGAAAAUUUUUAGUCGGUCGCAAAGUGCAAGAUUAA